GACGGCGGCGGCGGUGGAGGAAGCGCCGCGGUUGCCUCCGCUCGGCGUGGUGAAGCCAGGUACAGCCUGGCAGAAGACGCUGAAGGAGAAGGGGUUCUCAUCUUCCCCGGGCCGGGAGGAGGAGGAGGAGGAGGUGGGGAUGAUGGCGGUGCCACUCCGGGGCCGUCCUCCUGGUCGGUUGCCGUCCCGGCGCCGGCGUCGUCGGCGUCCUGCGCCCCGGCUCGCUGCGGGAAAUGCGGGGAAGGUUUCCAAGGGGUGGAGAAAUUGGUUUUUCACAUGAGAGCCCAACACUUUGUCUUCAUGUGCCCUCGCUGCGGCAAGCAGUUCAACCACAGCAGCAACCUGAACCGCCACAUGAACGUCCACCGCGGCGUCAAAUCGCACGGCUGCGGCGUCUGCGGGAAGAGCUUCACCCAAAAAUCCACCCUGCACGACCACAUGAACCUGCACAGCGGGGAGAGGCCGUACCGCUGCUCCUACUGCGACGUCCGCUUCGCUCACAAACCCGCCAUCCGCAGGCAUCUGAAGGAACAGCACGGAAAAACCACGGCUGAAAACGUGCAGGAGGCCAGCGGGGCCGAAAUCAACGUGCCGGUGCGCUGAGCGCGGCUCCGGGCGCCGGAUGAGGGGGUGACGCCGAACCCCGGGCGCCCGCGGUCGUGUUUUGGACGCUGUUAGCAAUGCUGAGGUUCUGUCUUUAAGGUGGGGUCGUUGGCCGACGUGGUUGGACCAUAAAAAAUCCCUAGGGUUGUUGGCGGAUGUUGAGUUUCGCCGCCCCAAAAUGGCGAGGUUUGGUGUUGGGCGUUGGGUUUGGCCACCCGAAAUGGCGACGUUCGGCGUUGGGCGUUGGGUUUGGCCAACCAGAACAGCGAGGUUCGACUUUGGACGAUGGGAUUGGCCAACCAGAAUGGCAAAAUUUGGCUUUGGACGUUGGGUUUGGCCACCCAAAAUGGCGACGUUCGGCGUUGGGCGUUGGGAUUGGCCAAGCAGAAUGGCAAAAUUUGGCGUUGGAUGUUUGGUUUGGCCACCCAAAAUGGCAAAGUUCGGCUUUGGGCGUUGGGUUUGGCCACCCAAAAUGGUGACAUUUGGUGCUGGGAGUCGGGUUUGACCAACCAGAAGGGUGAGAUUCGACUUUGGACGAUGGGUUCGGCCAACCAGAAUGGCGACACUCGGUAUUGGAUGUUGGUUUUGGCCACCCAAAAUGGUGAGGUUCAACUUUGGAUGAUGAGUUCCAUCACGAGGACAUCCACGUUGACUUUGGACGUUGGGUUUGGCCACCCAAAAUGGCGACGUUCGGCGUUGGGAGUCGGGUUUGACCAACCAGAAGGGUGAGAUUUGACUUUGGACGAUGGGAUUGGCCAACCAGAAUGGCAAAAUUUGGCAUUGGACGUUGGGUUUGGCCACCCAAAAUGGCGACGUUCGGUGUUGGGAGUCGGGUUUGACCAACCAGAAGGGUGAGAUUUGACUUUGGACGAUGGGUUCGGCCAACCAGAAUGGCAAAAUUCGGCGUUGGAUCUUUGGUUUGGCCACCCAAAAUGGCGACGUUCGGUGUUGGGCGCUGGGUUUGGCCAACCAGAACAGCGAGGUUCGACUUUGGACGAUGGGAUUGGCCAACCAGAAUGGCAAGCUUCAAGUUUGGACAACGAGUUUGGCCACCCAAAAUGGCGACGUUCGGUGUUGGGCGCUGGGUUUGGCCAAGCAGAACGGCAAAAUUUGGCGUUGGAUGUUUGGUUUGGCCACCCAAAAUGGCGACUUUGGACUUUGAGCGUUGGGUUUGGCCAUGCAGAACGGCGAGGUUUGACUUUGGACGAUGAGUUCGGUCGUGACGGCAUCCAUGUUGGCUUUGGGCUUUGGGUUUGGCCACCCCAAAAUGCCGAGGUUCAGCGUCGGGCGUCGAGUUUGGCCGCCCAAAACGUUUCGACAUUGGGCGUUGGAUUUGGUCACCCAAAAUGGCAAAACUUCGAGUUUGGACAGUGAGUUUGGCCACCCAAAAUGGCGACGUU